AUGAAGACUUCUUCGGUGCUCGCUCUUGCGAGCUUCGCUGCUUUCGCUGCCGCUUCGCCCAUCGCACCCACCCGCACUCAACGGAUCCACAAACAGGCUCGCCAGGCCAAUGGCACCACAUCAGCCCCAUGUGCCAGGGUAUCUGAAGCCAUUUAUGGCGACGACUCCCACCCCUAUGCACUCCAGGUCCCUGCUGGAAUUGCGUGGGAUUGCCUCAACGAGAUCCCGUUCAAUGCUUCCUCAGCAACAGAACUAGUCAAGCAGCUACGACCGUACAUCAACUGGCAGAGCACACUCGAUGUAUUGAAGGAUCCUCCAGCUGAAUACCAAGAGAAGGUUCAGGCCGCUGUUGACAUUCUUGGUGGCCUCGACAAGAUUGACGCCGACAUCAACGCUGGUAACUUUAAGAACGAGUACGAUUUCGGUUUCACUCUGUACAGGCUCAUUCUGUCUGCCCAUGACGGCCACUUCACGUUCGUCCCCGACUCGGUUGGUAGUAUCUUCACAUGGGGUCGCCCUGUCCCUCUGGUCUCGGUCUCUGCCGAUGGAGAGCAGCUACCUGCAGUAUUUGCCUACGCUGAUGUUCUUGGUAUGCAAUUCAAGAAUAUUACUUACACGCCGUCCGCCGUUGUGGAGAUCGACGGCAAGGAUGCUACCGAGUUUCUAGAAGAGUUCAGUCAGUUUGGCAGUCUACAGGACCGCGACGCCCUCUACAACAACGUCUUCUAUUCGCUUCCGCAAGUCAGCCUCGGCACCUCAGGCGCCGCCACUGGCACCUUUAGCGGAGGCGGUCGUGGACGCUUGGUCUAUCCCGGACCCACAACAACUCUAACCUUUGCCAAUGGGACUAGCUACACGAUGGAGAACUUUGCUCGUCCAAUCAUCGCUUUCCGGGGAAUAACUACCGGAAAAGAGCUGGCUGAGCGGUGGAUCUACUGGGGCUCCUCUGGCCAAGCCUCCGCAAAGGCGAGCACGCAGGAAGCUGCCACUGCCGCUGUUCCUGUUAUUGGUAGCACUGCCCCUGGCUAUCCCACUCCUAUCGAAGCCGGGCCUCAAAAUCUCAUCAACGGUUAUUAUAUUGACGCACCCGGUUACGAGGGUGUUGCUGUGUUGUCGGUUCCCAACUUUGUCGGGAACGGCGGCGAGGACACCGAAACAGCCUUCAAACUCACCACACAGAAUUUCCUUCCCAAGGCCGCUGCAGAUGGCAAGACUAAGUUGAUCAUUGACCUUCAGGCCAACGGUGGUGGCACUGUGCUUCAGGGCUAUGACAUGUUCAAGCAGCUAUUCCCCGACCAGGACCCGUAUGGUGCCAGCCGCUUCCGUGCCCACGAGGCCCUUGAUCUCAUCGGCCAAGCUACGAGCCAGUUUGCCUCCAAGUUUCCUAGGAAUGAAAUCUCGGAGAACUACACCAUUGGCCAAGCUCAGUCCUCAUACUUUGACUACAAUUUCGACAUGAAGGUGGAUGGUACCCCUUUCUCGUCUUGGGACGAGAAGAUUGGACCCCAGGAGGUGAACGGGGCGCUAUACACCACACUCGUCAGGUACAACCUCACUGAUCCCUACAUCCCUUAUAUCGGUAUCGAUGUUAGCGGAUACAACCAACCAGCGAAUGUCACCCUGAAACAGCGGUUCAAGCCUGAGAACAUUGUUCUAUUGACAGACGGCUACUGUGCCUCUACAUGCACCAUUUUCGCCGAGUUCAUGAAGAAUCAAGUGGGCGUCAAGAGUAUCGCCAUGGGCGGCCGCAGCAACAAGAAGCCCAUCCAGGCCAUAGGCGGUGUCAAGGGCACCAACAAUUACGCAUUCAGCUUCAUUCAACAAAAUGCCCAGAAAGCCCUCGAUUACGAGCCGUCACUCAACACCUCCAUUCUAGCCACAGACUACGGCAAUGAUCUCGUCUUCUCUCGCAGCGCAGCUAGUGGCGUGAACGUGCGGGAUGGACUCCGCAAGAACGACACCUCUGGCAUAGCUCUGCAGUUCAUCUACGAAGAAGCCGACUGCCGUCUUUACUACACUCCAGAGAUGACAACCGACAUCACUUCUGUAUGGAAGGCAGCAGCAGACUCGCAAUGGGGCAACAAGAGCAAGUGUGUCGGCACCCCCUCUUACGGUGACUCGAAGGUCUCCGCACUGAGGCUGGGGCAAGAGGUCACUACCAAGCUGAGCAGACCAGGUACAUCUGCGUCUUUCUCAGAGAGCCGAAUGCAGGCCUUUGAGGACAGUUUCAAUCUCUUCACGGACAACAAACUUUCGGGUGACGGUUACAUGCUACCGUAG